ACGAGAUGUAAUGCUGCCCAACGCAACCCAUUCGUUCUGGUGCCUUCUGGGCUGAUGUACUUGUCUUCCACUUCUCAGGAUGAGUGAGAAGAAUAUCGUCACGGCUCAAGGGGCAGAAAAGGCUCCCGUGGGCGAAUUGCAGCCCAGCGACGCUACGGAGGUGCGAGACAAGAGUUCGGAUGUGCCAAAAGCUCCGUUCAGCAACUACUGGCGCAUAAUGUCCUAUGGCUCGAGGACAGAUCAUGCACUUAUGUUGUUGGCGUUCGCCGCCUCAGCGGGCUCUGGCGUGGCGAUGCCAUUGAUGAACAUUGUCCUGGGGAACUUAGUCGGUAACUUCAAUAAGUUUUUUAUCCCAGGUUCAGGUACGACCGAGACCGAAUUCAAAAGCUCGGUCAACCAUUUUUCGCUCAUUAUCUUCGGAUUGUUCCUCGGCAAGUUUGUUUUGACGUACAUCUCCAUGUUCUGCUUCAGAGUAGCGGGCUUACGCAUAUCUGCUGCGAUGCGACUGUCUUAUAUGCACUCUCUAUUUGCACAGUCUGUGGCAAAGCUUGAUCUCGUCUCCGUGGGCUCUGUGUCGGAAACGAUUACGACUUCGGCAAACUCCAUUCAGACCAGCAUUUCAGACAGGCUCGCAUAUUUCUUUCAGGCAAUAGCUGUAAUUAUCAGCGCAUACGCUGUGUCUUUCGCUUGGUCAUGGCAGAUGACGCUGAUUUCGAGUGCUCAGCUGGUGUUUCUGUUACUUGUUUUUGGCGUAACGACUCCAGCUACUCUCAAGGCACAACAGCGAGUCGACAAAACAGACACAAAGCACGCGACGGUUGCUUUUGAAAUAUUUUCCUCAAUUCGAACAGUCUUUUCUCUCGGCGCAGAACGCGUACUGUCUGAUAGAUACACCAGAUUAGUGGAUGAGUCUGGCCGCUGGGGCAAACGCGUCGCACCCCUACUCGGUGUCCAACUGUCACCGAUGUAUUUUGCCACUUUCAGCUCCUUCGCUUUGACGUUUUGGACUGGCUUGAAGUUUUAUGCCGAUGGGACCAUAUCUACCGUAAACCAAGUCAUUGUUGCCUUUUUCUCUGUCUUGGUUAUCAUAUCUGUCUUGGGCGGCAUUGUAUCACCUAUAAUGACCAUUGUAAAGGCUAUCAGCGCUUCUACCUCAUUCUUCGAGAUGAUCGAUUCAAAGCGAAUACCUGCCGAUGGCCUUAAAGCACCCGAGGUAUCUGCCCAUGAAGACAUCGAGCUUUCAGGGGUUUCUUUCGCGUAUCCUUCCCGAAAAGGCGUCCAAGUACUGAACAAUUUUGAUGCUGUGUUUCGGAAGGGUCAGAUAACGGCGUUGGUAGGUCCGUCGGGAUCAGGCAAAUCUACAAUCGUCGCACUCCUUGAGCGAUGGUACUCGUUAGGAGACCAAGAUUCUUCUGCUUCUGGCCCUUCUUCUAGUAUCAACAAUGGGGAAGAAGAGGAGAGCGGUCAGCCAGAAUUGCUUGAGAAGGUACACAACAGCGGUAUGAUCAAGUGCGGCGGACGUAACAUAGAUACGUUUGAUCUGAAGUGGUGGAGGUCUCAGAUCGGUUUUGUGCAGCAGGAGCCGUUCUUAUUCAACGACACGAUAAAGAAUAAUGUCUCUUUUGGACUUCUAGGGACCCAAUGGGAAGAUGUCACUGAUGAAGAAAAGCUUCAGCGCGUUAAAGAAGCAUGUAGGGAAGCUUUCGCGGAUGAAUUCAUCGAAAAGCUACCACAAGGGUACGACACUCUCGUCGGCGAGUCAGGCAUAAAACUUUCAGGUGGGCAGAGGCAAAGACUUGCCAUAGCCCGCAGCAUCAUCCGCCGGCCGGUCAUACUGAUUCUCGACGAAGCAACAAGCGCCAUUGAUGUCAGAAGUGAGGCGAUUGUCCAGAAAGCUCUUGAUGAAGUGAGCAAGUCAAGAACGACGAUCGUGAUUGCGCAUAGAUUAGCUACCAUCCAGAAGGCGGACCAUAUCAUUGUCAUGCGCGACGGCUUAAAGGUAGAGGAAGGAACGCACGAAGAACUCCUUUCAGACGAACUUGGUCUUUAUUCUGGUCUUGUUCGUGCCCAAAAGAUCCAAGCGGAAGUUCGGGAACUCGAAGGUGAGGCAGAAGAGGAGCAUCCAAACGAGCUAUUACGGAGGAAAUCCACGGGCGUCCACCCGUCCGCCCAAGUGGCCGACGAUGUCGAGCGUACCAUCAACUUUAAGCAAGGCUUCUUCGGGUCUGUUGGCAUUUUGCUCUAUGAGCAGCGCACAAAGUGGAUUUUGUUCAUCUUUACACUCCUGGCAGCCAUGGGCGCGGGCGGUUCUUAUGCACUUCAGGCCUGGUUCUUUGCGAAACUCGUACAAGUCUUCACUUUCACAGGCCAGAAACUUGCCAAAUCUCGCGAUCAUUGGAGUUUGAUGUUCUUCAUCCUGGCUCUCGCGAACACGGUCUUCUAUGGCACGCUAGGGUAUUCUGCGGGCAUGAUCUCGGCCGCUACGAGCUCAUCGACGCGUCGGGAUUACUUUCUCAACACUAUCCGUCAGCCUAUAACUUACUUUGACCUUCAAGAAAAUGCUUCUGGGUCAGUGGUCGCACGACUGUCGAGCGACCCUAAGAACUUGGGAGAGUUACUCGGCUUGAAUGGAGCCUUCCCUCUGAUCUCCAUCUUCAACAUGAUUUCCUGCAUUGUAAUCUCUUUCUACUUUGGCUGGAAGCUCACUUUGGUUAUCUUUCUCACCGCUAUGCCAGUUCUCUUGAUCUGCCAAUUCAUCAAAUUGCGUAAUGAGUUCCAAUUUAACGACAUGAACGCUCAGGUUUUUGCAAGCAGCUCUGCCUUCGCGACGGAGGCCAUAGGGGCGUUUCGGACGGUGUCUUCGCUAACGAUGGAAGAGCAAAUUCUCAGCAAAUAUACCACAAUGUUGUCAGACCAAGUGAAAGCGUCCACCAAAAGAGCAACUUACGCCAUGCUUAUCAACGCCUUUUGUGAUAGCGUGGAACUCGCUGCAAUGGCUUUGACAUUUUGGUAUGGCGGGCAGUUGCUGGCCUCUCGCGAGUACGAGCCAACACAAUUCUAUGUCAUCUACACUGCGAUCAUCGUGGGCUCUAUCGCAGCGGGUCAGUUUUUCUCGGCCGCUCCAAGCAUUGCAGUGGCAACUGCGAGCGCGAAUCGGAUUUUGGGCCUACGAUUGCUUAACAGAACAGAUGAAAAUAGCCCGGAUAGGCUCAUACCAAAGGAAAGCAAGGACGGUGCUCAUGUCAGGCUUGAACGUGUGACUCUGAAGUACGCCUCGCGCGACGACCCAACGUUCAGAAAUCUUUCUCUCGACAUACCCGCAGGAUCAUUUGCGGCAUUCGUCGGUCCAUCCGGGUGCGGAAAAACUAGUGUUAUUUCACUUCUGGAGCGAUUUUACGAACCAUCCUCUGGACAGGUACUCGUUAACGAAGUCGAUAUCAGGAAAAUACCACUUGCGUCCUAUCGGCAGACCGUUUCGCUUGUCGCACAAGAGCCGCGACUAUUUAGUGGAACGAUCCGCGAUAAUUUGACUCUCGGCAUGACCGACCCAGACGAAGCAACGGACGAGCGGAUCCAUCAGGCUUGCCGCGAUGCCGAGAUCCACGAGUUCAUCACGUCUUUGCCAGAAGGCUACCAGACCGAACUUGGCUCGAACACUGCCACGGCGUUGUCUGGAGGCCAAAAACAACGCCUCUGCCUUGCCCGUGCAUUGCUGCGUCAGCCAAAACUGCUGCUCCUGGACGAAGCCACUUCAUCACUCGAUUCUCAGUCGGAGAAGCUCGUUCAACAGGCCAUCGAGCGACUGGCGGGACAACGCAAUAUGACCGUAAUUGCCGUGGCCCAUCGGCUCGCUACGAUCCAGAAAGCAGAUACGAUCUUCGUCUUCGGCGAGAGUGAAGUCGGUACGGGUGCGAGGAUACUUGAACGGGGCAGCCAUGCAGAGCUAAUGAGGCUGCGCGGUGCGUACUGGCAGAUGUGUCAGGCGCAGGCGUUGGACCGGUGACUUCACCAUUGUUUACUGCAUCAUGUAAUCCUAAUUCGUACCCUCCAUGUCUUUCUCUUCAGCACUCGGCCCUGCUGCUUGCAGUGUGUCACUGCCCUUUAGCGUUGGCGAGAUUUGUACAGUAGAAAGCAAUAGAGCCAGAAAAUCUAAGCUCGAAAUUUAU